UUUUAUUUUCUGUCACAUUUUUGUUAUCCUUCUACAAAGCCAAGUAUAUUAUUUUUUACCCGAUUUCCAAGUGUAAUAUUUUGAAGUUUCAUAAUGAGUGCAAAGACCCGCCAGGAGAGCGAUACCCUGGGCCCAAUGGAUGUGCCCAUGGACCGCUAUUACGGAGCUCAGACGAUGCGAUGUCUUCUUAAUUUUCGCAUCGGUGGGGAGGAGGAACGUAUGCCGCGUAAAAUUAUCCAGGCCAUGGGUAUUCUCAAAAAGGCUGCUGCCGAAACCAACCAGGAGUUCGGACUCGAUCCAAAACUCAGCUCGGCGAUUUCCAGUGCCGCCGACGACGUGAUCUCCGGAAAGCUCUACGACGAGGGUCACUUCCCCCUGCCUAUUUGGCAGACAGGCUCCGGCACCCAGAGCAACAUGAACUCCAACGAGGUGAUUGGCAACCGGGCCAUUGAGAUUCUGGGAGGCAGGAUCGGAACAAAAGACCCAGUGCAUCCCAAUGAUCAUGUAAACAAGUCGCAGAGCUCAAACGAUACUUUUCCAUCGGCCAUCCACAUUGCCGUGGCCACUGCCCUGGUGAAGGACCUGAAGCCGGCGGUUAGGGCUCUGAAAGAUACACUUAACUCGAGGGCCAACGAGUGGAAAGACAUCAUAAAGAUUGGUCGCACCCACACACAGGAUGCAGUUCCGCUAACCCUAGGCCAGGAGUUUAGUGGUUAUGUCCAGCAGCUCACGAAUGGGCUGGACCGUAUCGAGGCAGUAUUGCCGAGGGUCUACCAGCUUGCUCUGGGCGGCACAGCUGUUGGAACCGGAUUGAAUACUCGGCGCGGCUUCGCCGAGAAGUGCGUCAACAGAAUCUCCCAGCUCACCUCGCUUCCUUUCGUGGUGGCACCGAAUUUCUUUGAGGCUUUGGCCAGCCGCGAUGCAAUGGUGGAGGUCCACGGUGCCCUCAACACCCUGGCAGUCAGCCUGAUGAAGAUUGCCAAUGACAUUCGGUUCUUGGGCUCGGGACCGAGAUGCGGCCUGGGUGAGCUUCAGCUGCCGGAGAAUGAACCGGGCAGCUCUAUAAUGCCCGGAAAGGUAAACCCCACACAGUGCGAGGCCUUGACCAUGAUCUGUGCCCAGGUGAUGGGCAACCAUGUGGCCGUGAGUGUGGGCGGGGCAAACGGGCAUUUUGAACUUAACGUCUUCAAGCCGCUGAUUGCCUCCAAUGUAUUGCGUUCCAUCAAGCUACUAACCGAUGGCUGUUCCUGUUUUAAUACAAAUUGUGCUAAGGGCAUGAAGGCCAAUAAGGAAAAACUGGCCCAGAUUGUUAGCCAAUCCCUGAUGCUGGUAACCGCUCUCAAUCCCCAUGUUGGUUACGACAAGUCGGCUGAGAUCGCCAAGGCGGCCCACAAGAAUGGCACCACCCUCAAGGAGGAGGCCCUGAAGGCCGGAAUCGCUGAGAAGGACUUCAACGACUGGGUGCGCCCCGAGAAAAUGUUGGGCCCCUCCUGAAAUACUUUUAUCCAUUUUAUUUAUUGUUUGAUUUCCUUAUAAAUUUUAAGUCAGAGCAAA